AUGACUAAAGAUUCACCACAAAUACCAGUUCCAGAGAUGUUAUUUAAUUUACAUACCCCAUUCACAUUAAGUUGUCAAUUUUAUCGAGGGAUUGACAUAGCGCUAGAUGAUGUAAUAUCGGAUGAUAGUUGUAAUCAAUAUUUAACCCAACCAAAGCAUGCCGAAGAUGAUGAUGAUUAUUAUGGCUACUUCACACAUGAUAAUGUCUUAAAUUACGAGGAUCCAAAUAUUGAUCCAAAUGCCAUAGCAUUUGUAGCAGUAUCGAUAGAUGUAGAUGCAGCUAUUGCUAAGUCCGAAUCGCCACUAGUAAUAAUUAUUGAUGCUGAAAAAAAUCCUCUAAAGCUCUCAAACGGUGAACUCAAUGGCUCAGCUAUUGAUAAUUUGCCUAACAAUAUUAGAGAAUGUAUCACAAAUAAUAUGUACUAUGUGCCUAAAGGACAGAUGGCACGUUUAAGCUUUAAUAGGCAACUAAGGAGGAUACUCCAUAAAGAUUACAAAGCUAAUCUUGGAAUUUCUCCAACAUAUGAAGAAAAACCUUACAUUUUGUCAAAUCUACAGACUGAACCUAUUGAACCAGAUACCUUAAUCGCAGGAGUCUUUAGUAGUAAAAUUCUUUUGAAUGUACAAUAUUUCUUCGUUAAAGUAGAGACUGAACAAAAAACACGAACUGUAUUCAGCAUAGUUGGUCUCGUGGGCGGUGCUUACGGAACAAACGUUAUUCGCCCUUGGGGUUGUGUGCAAUAUAGUUGUGGAUUACGUGACAGAACGCAUAAUAAACUUCGAAAAGAACUUCCGGUAAUCCCACUAGUUAACGAUCUUGAAAUAUCAAAUACUUCACGAGAAAUUUCUCGUGAAGAACAUAUAGCAUUACAACGUCGUGUUCAUUCCUUAGAAGUUUUCUUGAGAGAGUAUGUAGUAGACGUAAAAUACUUGAAAGGAUUGAAAGCAGAUGAUGUGAUAAAGGAAGUGGAAGGAAACGAUUUGCCUCCUGCCAAUUUUAAUUACAAUCAUUACAAUAACAGCAACAUCACUCCACCAUACGGUAUAACGACUUAUAACAUUCACAAGUAA